CUAUCCAGUAUAAAUAAAGUUAGUUUAGUUUAGGUUUCCUCCUGUAGUAACACUGGAUCAAUAAGAGAUGAUCCUUACUGGACCUCUAGGAAGAAUAGUUUAGAACUGAUAGAGCUAUCCAGUAUAAAUAAAGUUCGUUGGGUUUGGUUUUAUUUUUAGGAAAAGAGAAGAAAGACAUUGUAAAAAGGUCCUCGACAACUCGGUUAAAACUUGGCGAAGCUUUGGUACGCGCCGUGAAGCGAUGCGGCGAUCUUGUUCCACGUUAUUUCCAAAUUUUAAUCCGCGCAUUUCUCGUGGGAGUUCAAGACAAGGAUAGUUUCAUUCGAGCAAGCAGUCUGUCAAGCCUUGGCGAGAUGUGUCGCUUGUCACCACGGACAUUACCAACAGUCGUUCACGAGGUAAACUCAGGACCUGAUUGUUGGCAUAACCAUUAAAGGGUUUCAUUGAAGGCCACUCUAAGGGGACUCUGAUGCUGUAGAUUGUUAUGUUGAAAUAAGGUGUUAUGUCUGUUUUAGGUGUUUCAUUGCAUUAAUACAGUUUUAAGAUCGGACGAGGCGAGCCAGGUUCGUCAAGCGGCUGUUUUGGUCAUUACCCUUGUUUUGAAAGGCCUGGGUCAGAAUACAAUUGCGGUAAGCUAUCCAGUAUAAAUAAAGUUAGUUUAGUUUAGGUUUCCUCCUGUAGUAACACUGGAUCAAUAAGAGAUGAUCCUUACUGGACCUCUAGGAAGAACAGUUUAGAACUGAUAGAGCUAUCCAGUAUAAAUAAAGUUAGUUUAGUUUAUGUUUCCUCCUGUAGUAACACUGGAUCAAUAAGAGAUGAUCCUUACUGGACCUCUAGGAAGAACAGUUUAGAAAUGAUAGAGCUAUCCAGAAAAAAUAAAGUUAGUUUAGUUUAGGUUUCCUCCUGUAGUAACACUGGAUCAAUAAGAGAUGAUCCUUACUGGACCUCUAGGAAAAACAGUUUAGAACUGAUAGAGCUAUCCAGUAUAAAUAAAGUUUGUUUAGUUUAGGUUUCCUCCUGUAGUAACACUGGAUCAAUAAGAGAUGAUCCUUACUGGACCUCUAGGAAGAACAGUUUAGAACUGAUAGAGCUAUCCAGUAUAAAUAAAGUUAGUUUAGUUUAGGUUUCCUCCUGUAGUAACACUGGAUUGGUAAGAGACGAUCCUUACUGGACCUCUAGGAAGAACAGUUUAGAACUGAUAGAGCUAUCCAGUAUAAAUAAAGUUAGUUUAGUUUAGGUUUCCUCCUGUAGUAACACAGAAUUAAUAAGAGAUGACCCUUACUGGACCUCUAGGAAGAACAGUUUAGAACUGAGUUAGUUUAGUGUAGCGUCUAUCAAAGUUACUAUCGUUUACAAAAAUUAACUUCUUCCUCGCUAGGUCUUAUCCGACAAGCUGAAAGACAUUUACCAACUUUUGAAAUUUGUUGAAUCUAACGACCAAGAUGAGACCACGCGUAUUCAUGCACAGGUUGCCCUAGGAGGAUUGGAAACAAUCAUGAGAGAACAGUUGUUCCCAGAACAAAGGCUUGUUAAACAUAUCAGUGUUUUGCGAUGAUGUUAUAAUUAUUAAAAUUUGAAUUUUAUUACAAAAUCAUCAUCAGAGUUAGUCUGAUGAUGAUUUUGUAAUAAAAUCGAAAUAUUACUCACUCACUUUCUUGUUUGACUCAUAUUUUGGGUUUCAAGAUGCUUAUCUUCGGAUUAUGUUUUGUAUUAUAUUCAUGCAAUAUUCUGUUAGUUCUCAAAUGAAUUAGUAUUUAGAAAUUGAUUGCGAUAAUUUCUGGACAUUUAUACCGUGAUAUCAAUUAGGCAACGAUACAGGGCUGAUUUCAUUUGGUUUUCCUCAUGAAUUAUUAAUGAGUUUGCCAUGCAAUUUUAAUGCCUCGUAUUCGUUUAUACGUACAUGUUUUUUUUUUAAAUAUUGGAAAAUGCACAAGUAGAAAACAUUAUCUG